AUGCAAUCACAUGAUCUCAAUGCCUUCAAAACACUCACUGUUGCUAAAGUAAGUAAAGGUUUUUGAUUUCUGGGUCUAAGUUAUUAUAAAUGGUUUUUUGGGUUGAACAUUAUAUUGUUUUAGGUGGGAAAGUAAUAAAAAUGACUUUUUUUAAAGUUAUAGUUGAUCUCAUGGAUAAUCUACUUAAUUUUUAGGCAUUUGCCUCUUUGUUCAACAUCGAUUUAGCUCUAGAAACAUUGAAAAAGAACAAGGCUCUAGCUGACAAGUCGAUUUCUUAUCAGUUAUUGAAUUUGUAAGUUUUCUAACUUCUGAAUUUGUUUUUAUUUUUAAAAAUGAAGCUUUUAGACAUUUUUUGUAGAUUUUAAUUAACAUUUUUAGGUAUUGAAAGAUAGUUCUUGGUUUUAGAAGUAUGUUUAGUGUUAGAAGGAUAAAAAGUAGUUCUUAAAAUUUGUUUGCCCGACCUUCUUUUGCCCGCGGGCUUAUCUUUCAAAUCUAGCGGGCCAAACUUUCAAGUCCAACCCGUUUCAACUAUAGCUCAAGGCCGGCCCGCUUGAAUUGUGAAGCCGGGCCUACACGGCUUGUUUCUCAAUUUUAGUCUAGGGCCUUAAAAAAGCAAUUAGAGGUAGGAUACUUUGGAGUCGCUUGGCGCAACAAGCAUUCGUUCGUAUCGUCACAAAAAUGAAUGUCAACGCGAAGAAAGCGUCGUUGGGUCAAUCGAAAGAUUGUGUUUUGGUAUUGUCCUAUGAAGACGCUUUAUUAUAGAAAUGAUUUUUUUAAUUUUUUGUAUUUAUUUUUGAACAUUAUUCUGUUUUUUGUAUUUAUUUAGCUUUUUUGUAAAAAAAGUGUUUCUUUCGCUUUAGCAAGGUUCAUUGUGAUAAUCAUUUUUUCAGAUUUAAACUAUUUGUUCGAUUACAGUUAGUUUUGUGUGGUAUUACCAACUCAAUUUUAAAUUUAUUUUGUUAUUAUUAGCACGGCCUAUAAUAGGAAGUAGAAUGAAAGUUUUUGUUAACCGUAUGAAUCCAGAAGUAAGUUUUUACAAACUUUUGAUUUUGCGUAUAAUUAUUCACAAAAAAUGAACACAAAAAUCAAAUUUAAAAAAAUUUAAUAUCAAGACGAUUAAUAUCCAAAUACUAUAACAAAUUACUCGUUUACAUUACUUUUUAAUAUUUUAGUUGUGGCGCAGUGUUAUAGAGCAUGUGACCGUAAUGGAAGAUAUGUGUUCGUUAGCUAUGGUAAACAAAUACUUUAGCAAACUUGUUAACAUGGAUUUUAAAAAGUUAUGUUACGACCACGUGGUAUAUCGCCUAAAGAACGAAACGUGGACAGGCGCUUUUUCAAAGUAGGUCUACUCUAUUUGACUGAGCUAUACUUGCCUAUUCUAUUCUACCGACUCUCACCAUACUUUCUGUUAUUUUAUGUGACCCUAUUCUUCCUUUCUCUUACCCAACUUCAACCUCAAUCUACCCUACCGGAUCCUACUCUACCUUAUCCUACCUUGCCUUAUCGUACUCUACCUUACCCUACCUUGCCUGAUCUUAGUCUACUUUACCCUACUUGGCCUGAUCGUACUCUACCUUACCCUACUCCACUUGUUUCUACUAUUUAUUUUACUUAACUUUACUCUUCUUUGCUUCGUACUUCUUUGUUAUAUUCUUCUCUACCCUAACAUACAAUCUUUUGUUCCAGAUUUGGAGAUCGUUCAUACAGGUUACGUAGCCAUUCACAAUAUUAUCAAUGGCAUUCUGUUUGUUGUCCGUUUACCGGAAAAAUGGCAAUAAAUUUUAGGAAUGGCUAUGUUAUUAUGACCAAUAUUGACUUUGGUCUCAAGGAGUUCACAAUGAUUGACUUUACAUCGUACGGAACCACGAUAUUUCGCGUGGACAUAGUAAACCGAGGAAACGAACUUUUUGUCUUUGGCCGCAAUGUUCUUGUGGUAUAUGAUCUGAAUACGUAUACUACAUAUGUUUCAUACAACUGUUGCUGGACAUGUGCUGCUGGUUAUGUAAUUAUUCGUACUGGCACUAUUUUUGACUUACUAUCGAAAAAAGAGUUUAAAAUUGACGCAAAACGUGCACGUGGUUUUAUACACCACAGUAACCUAUUUGAUAAGUUCAAAUACGUUGGGGUACGCACAACAGACGACGAACUUGUCAUAAUUGAUAAUCAGACAGAUGAAAGACAUCAUGUUUGUGAAUGGAGAUAUUCAAUGACUGUUCAUAUUGUAGAUGAAACCGACUCUGUUGUUAUUUUCAGUAAGAGCUUGUCUAUACAAGCUUGUUCAUAUAAUCCUGAGCUCCCUAACUUUGCAAAAAUUUUUUAAAAUAAAAAAAAACUUUUAAAUAAAAAAAUUUUUUUUAAGUAAAAACAAAUUUUAAAAAAAUUUUAAAAUUUAAAAAAUAGUUUUAAAGUUUUAACAUGCUCUUUAGCGUAUUUUACUUUGAGUUUAGUGUUUUCAACAUUAAGUUUUGAAAAUUAGAGUACUUUCGCUACCGUCCUCUAAAAACCAUUAAAUGAUUUCUUUGUUAUUUAGGCCAGGAAUUGUGUCGAAUAUACAGUAUGAAAAGAAGAAUGUUUGUUUUUGUUCAGCAUCGUGAUACACAAUGGCGUUUAUUCAAUUCUAAUACCCUAUUUGACAAUCUUCAAGGCUCGGUAAGAUCGUUUUGCUUUUUCACAGAGAAGGUACUAGACUUGCCCCUCUCAGAAUCAGCUUAAAAUUUUUGUAUGAUAUUGUUGCACCAUCAAUAGUAACCAUAAAAAAGUUCCGUAUUUUAAACAUUUAAACUUUCAGUUUUUAGUUCACAACAAACGGAUGGAUUGUUGGCAAGUGAAAUCAUGUGAUAGUGGCCUUAAUUUAAAACCACCAGAAUACAACGUUUUUUGUGAGGCAGGGUUUGUGACAUUACCAACUUACAAAGUCGUCAACGCUUAUCCAAAUGGCGUUGAUACAUGCGUCUAUCUGAGCUUUAAAAAAGGCAAGUUUUAUAAGAGUAAAGUAGAGUAG